AUGGUAAAUAUCCGAGGACAGCCUGCAUCAGACCCUGCCAGGAGCCUCCUCAACAAGAAAGUGCCAGCCAUGGAGUCUCCCUUCACUGUGUUCGUGUUUCUCAUCUUUUGGGAUACAACACUAGCAGGCUUGAAUCCAUUAUCAUCAGAAUUAUACAGAAGAUGUUAUAAAAAUGGUACCUGCAGACUUGAGUGCUUUGGAAGUGAAAUGUUAGUUGCCUACUGUAUGUUUCAGCUGGAGUGCUGUCUCAAAGGAAACCCUGAACCCUGA